UCAACUGCAUUCACCAUGGCAGCAACCCUCCGGAAACGGUUGUUGGACGAUAUCCGCGAUGUCCAAAACAACCCCUAUCCCAACACUCACCUCCACGUUCACGAUGAGGACAUCACACGAGCCUGCUUGAUCCUCGACCCUGAACAAUAUCAAGUUCUUCAUCUCACCAUCAAGUUCUCGGAAUAUUAUCCAAUCUUUGCGCCUGAGAUAUCGAUUCAAACCGAAAUCGAACACCCCAAUGUCUUUGGCGAUUACAUCUGCGCUACAAUGCUCAACACGGCGGAAGAUUGGACCCCGGCGUACACACUCAGGGGCAUCAUCAUCCAGAUGCUGAGUUUCUUCAUGAGUGAAUCGGUGGAACAGGAGCAUUGGAUGGGACCUGAUCAUCAUGGCGAACAAGUUGACAUAUGGAGUUAUCGUGACCCAUGUUCACUUGAUGAUCGCCCUGCGUUUCAGUGCAAAACUUGUGGAUUCGUUGAGUGGUCUGAAGAAUACCCCAUUCCGGAGCCCAAACCCAUGGAGACUGUGUCAUCGAAUACAGCAUCUACUUCGAAGCGCCAAUCGAAGAUAUUCGAGCUACCGGAUGAAGUGAUCAUUCAUCUGAUGUCGUUCAUGGACGCUACAGAUCUAGUUGCCCUCAGUGGAGCUAUACCAUCUAUAAGUCAUAUGCUUCGCUCCUACGACGUCCUGAGGAUCCAAGAUCUUAACUGCUUCGUAUUGAAGAAGUCGCUCAUGGAUACCAAGCUCGGAAUUGGCGUGUCUGUAACGGGUGGCAGGCGACCAGUCUUCCGCUCAGAAUUCGACCUCCUCUCAAAUGAAGCAUAUAAUCUCCACGGAAUUCGGACAUCUGUUCAAGGAGUGCCUUUCGAUCGGUGGCUUCCUCUCCCAUUAUCUCGCCGCCACUGGGAAAAAGUUAGGCUGAACACAUUCCACAGCCUCACAGGCCUUCGCACACUCGCCAACCUCCCAAGCAAAGACAACGUAUCCGUCCUCUACCACUUCAUGAACACCAUCGUAGUACAAUUCUCCGCCACCGCCGACAACUCACUCAAGAAACCCAGCGCCCGCAGCACCCUCUCCCACGCCUCGGAAAAAGCAGUAGAAUCCUACUACGCCCUCUUCCACAUUCUCCUCUGCAUUGCUAUCGAAGACCCAACCGUCGUCCCCUCCGCCGACAAAACCAUAACCUCUUUCCUCAACGGUCCCCGCACGAAAAAGGAAUUCCCAGACCUCGGCCACGUGCUCGUCGCGGCACUGAUCUCUACCAAAGGCGUGACCCAGCCCCUCAUCAUGGCCAUCAUCAAAGAAGCCAUCCUCCGCAACGUCGUCUGGAUGCUCGACUCCAAAGGCGCAGGAAUGGCAGAACUAGCAUACAUGGAGCCCAACGAGGGCUCGCGGUACAGACUAUACAUGACCUUCUACGCAUCAAAAACUUCAUACCGCCUCCUCAUGUUUCUGAGACUCUUCUUCUCCAUGGCAAAGACGCCGGGAAAAUCGCUCGUGCAGCUCCGCGAUGAGCUGUUCGAUUCUCACGGUGCGCCGCCACAUGGAAUCACGGCGAGCAUGAUGCCGCAGAUCAACAAAAUUCACGCCGUUGCGUCGUUCCCGGAGUUUCUGUCGUACAUGGGCGUGCAGGACCUUCCUACAGCGGCGCAGUUCUCGGCGUUUCUGAAGCGGACUAUUGGGGAGAGCGUGAAGAUGGGGUAUUCCGCUGUUCCCAUGACCCAGAGCCAGUUGUACUUGAUCCGGAGACAGCAUGAUGUGGAUGUGGAGAAAUCGAAAGAUGUGGUUGUCACGAAGGAGCUGGAACAGUGGUUCACGAGAGGGGAAAUGUGGUAUGAUAAUGGGUGGACUGGACGGCCUAGUUUCUUUCCGCAGAAGAAAGAGCGUGAUGCGUUGGGGGGUGGUAGAGGGGGGAGAGGGGGACGUGGUCGGGGGCGGGGACGCGGUCGUGGAGGUUGA